UAAAUGGAUUUUACCAACCAAAAAAGGCGUUGCAGAGAUUUUUCACCAAAACAUCAGUUCUAAUCAUGUAAAAAUCAAGAACAAAAAGAGACUAACACCUAUUGAAAAAGCAACAUUAAGAUAUGGAGCAUCCGGUAUAAUAGACCUAUCUGCAAACAUGAAAUCUUGGUUUACAAUGGAGGAAAGGGAUUUUAUGUUAAAAGAUCAUAAAAAUAUUCUGCAGAUUCCAAGUUUUCCAGAAGAUGUCGAAGAAUUUAUUUCAUCUAUUGAAAAAGUUUGUGAUGAUUCACAUACAGAAAUCGAUGUGAUAAUUAAGGCUUGUUGGUACAUUAUCGAGACACUGAUACAAUCUACUAAUAUAAGAACAAAAUGGGGAGAAUCUUACUGUCCGACCACUAAGAGUGCUGAAUACAAAAAUGGGCGAAGGUGUGAU